UGACGUCACGGAGGGGGACUCUCUCGCAACCGCGGCCGACUCACCGCGACUGAACACGACCCGACACGACCAGCGACAUGGCGGACUGGGACGCCGAGAGCUUCGAGGCGGAGGAGCCGAUUAAAGCCGCGCCGGUGGCGGACAAGUGGGAGGGCGAGGACGAGGACGACGAAGUCAAGGACAACUGGGAUGAUGAGGAAGAUGCAGAGGAGAAAAAAACAGAGGUGAAGAAAACAGAGACGAAGGUUUCUGAAAAGAAAAGGUUGCUUGAAAAGAUAAAGGAGAAAGAAAACCGGUUAAAGAAAAAGGAACAGGAGCUGGCAGAGCAGCAAGAAAAAGAAGAGGAACUCACUCCUGAGGAGCAAGUUGCAGAGAAGUUAAGAGUGAAGAAAUUACAGGAAGAUGCAGACUUGGAGUUGGCAAAAGAUGCUUUUGGUGUCAGCAGUACUUCAGACAGUGUCACCGGGAUUGAUGCCAUGUGUCCAUCUUCCAAAGAAGAAUUCACAGAGUUCGAAAAAUUGCUGAAAGAAAAGAUAUCCCAGUUUGAAAAAUCUGUGCAUUAUUCAAGUUUUUUGGAUUCAUUGUUCCGGGAACUUUGUAUUUCAUUGGAAGUAGAGGACUUGAAGAAAGUCAGUAAUUCCAUCUCAGCCCUACUUACUGAAAAACAGAAACAAGAAAAACAAAACAAAGGAAAGAAGAAGAAGAAAGGGGUUGUACCUGGAGGUGGUUUGAAAGCACAGAUGAGAGAUGAGCUUGACUAUGCAGCAUUUGAUGGUGGUUAUGCCCAAGACUAUGAGGACUUCAUGUGACAGUGGCUCCACUACCACUGCCCCCUUUCCUACCCAACCCUCAGAAAUACAGCUGUACCUUCUCAUGCUGUCCAGUGCCAUCCUGGAAAAUCUGAACUGUGUGUUGCCCCAUUCAUUUUGCUUCAGUAACCAGAGGGACUAUACCAGGAAGCAUCCAGUCUCACCACUCUUAAAAGUCCUGACAUAUGGAAUUGCCUUUUCUCUCUCAUUCAGCCUCAACUCACACACAAUCAUGUGGAAUCUGUUGUGUGACCCAGCUUCAACAGAAAAUACAUUAUAACUGCUGUUGUCUGAGUUUUGCAGGGCUCCUUUUGUUUAUUAAAUGUUGCUCCUGUCAAAAAAAGCAGAUCCAGUAUUGCAGUUAUAAAUGUAGUGACAUAGAAGCAAGGUUCUAUGCAAAUUCUUAAACCAGAAUGUCAUUUAUAUUUUAUAGACCACACUUACCUGUGGAUAGUCGUACAGAAAAGUGUGUAUAGUCUCAAUAACUUUGGUUGCCAAAUGCAGAACAAUUAUUCAGUACAUUAUCCAUCUUAAUCUCUGGAACAGUUGCAUUGUGGUUCAUUUGAGACAGGUGCAACAUGUAAGUAGUUUUAAAGAGAGCAAAUGACAUCCCUGUCAGAUAAAGGGGGAUAGAGUAUAAUAAAUGCGACUUUCAAACCUCACAGCCAUUCUCUUGAUACAUCUCUGGAAUAUCCUUGAAAGUAGAGCAAAAACAUGCUUAUAGGUAUUUUUCAUGCAUGAAAAAAAAUUUAACUUACUAAUUUGAUUUCUACUAAAGCAGAAAUAGUAUAGAUCAGGCAAGUGGACUAACUUGCUAUAACUGGUCUGUUAAUUGUUGCUUCUGCAGGCUUGUAUCAAGUGUGAUGAGGAGCGGGGGCUUAUGGGCUUCACCCACCAUGUCUUCAUAUGGGCUUACAGUUGAUUGAAAGGGGCAUAUUUCUCCUUUUUUUUUUUUCUUUUUUUUCUAGAAAUGGAUCAGUUUCAAAAUGUUACAUGGACAAUUGGAGACAUACAAUGUUGAAGAUAAAGCAUCUGUUUUUUUUUCUUUUUUUUUUUAAAGCAUUUAAUUUAAUAAAUCACUGGUCUAAAGGACAAGUCGUUUUGACCCUUAUUUACAUCAAAUAAAACAUUUUAAAUGGCUAGUAUUUAAGGCCUGCACAAUAAAUACUGUAUACCAUACCAUUUCAAGUGA